AUGGCAGUCAUAUGCGUUAUCAGCUCCGUAAAUGCUCAGCUACCACAGUUUCCAGCUCCAUUUCCUUUCCGAUUUCCAUUCCAACCAAUUCCCGGUAUGCCAGGAUUAUCCGACUUAACCAAAUGUUGGUCAAUAGUGAUGGAUAUCCCAGGAUGCAUUGCAGAGAUUUCCCAAUCUAUAUUGACUGGAAAGUUUGGUAACAUUGGUCCUGCUUGUUGCAAGGCGUUUUUGGAAGCUGAAGCCAAUUGCAUACCGCAAGUUCCAUUGAUUCCGUUGUUUCCUCCUAUGUUAAAACAACAAUGUUCAAGAAUUGCCGGCGCAGCUCCUCCUACCCCGAAGUAG